UCGAGAUUUCUUUAGCUUUAGCUAGCAUGCUAUUGUCAGUCAAUAAGUCAUGUUUAGCUAAUUAAAAGCCACAAUUUAAAAUGAUUUUCUGCCGUCCGUUACGGAGUGUCUGCUCUGCUUACUGUGUUAUUAUUCGUGUUUUUUAUAUUAACGCUAAGCAGCGCAGUGGAAUCCGGCUUGCUCUUUGUGUGACUGGAUUUGCGUCGGAAAUGUACAAACGGGUUUGUUUUAGUGUCACUUCAUCAUUUUUGAGGGCGAGCCGCUCCGUUUCAGUCACUUUGAUUCCCGUGCAAAGGGGCUUGAUGGGGCGGUGGCAGGCUGCAUGGUAGCUUCAAGUGCUCAUAGGACCUGUUAGACCAAAGCUAAAAAAAAAAGGGAAAAGAAGCUAAAUGCCUUUAAAUCCACGCUAUUGUUUAUUUUCAUAGUGUUUCCUCUCGCUGUGUGACUGUUUAUCCACCCUUUUAACCUCUAAACUUUCUCUUCUUCUGACCUCUCCUUCCUUCUCCAUCCUCCAUCGCGGUUGCCCAUUGUUCUGUGAUGAGCCAACUAGUGUGAGUUGCUGAGCAAUGUUUCAGCCGUCUCAGUGGGGGGAAAGAAGCUGGCAGAUAUCGUGCUAAUAAAUUUGCAGCUUUCGUUUUAACUCAACAGACCAACUUUGGGCGUAUUUGGAGCAUGUUAAAGCAAAUCUCUGCGCAGAUCCUGCAGGGAGAGUGUAAAUCUCAGAGAGAGUUUGUGCACAGUCUCAUGCUGGCAUGUAAUCAGAGGUGAUUAAUGUCACCACCAUCACCACCACCUCGUCUCCAAAAAGUGAUCAGCUAUUGUGGCAUAAGGCUGGAGGGGCUCCCUCGCUGAUUCCUUUUUUUUGUUUGGGGGGGGUGAGUGAGUGCAGCAAGACAGAUUAAGCUCCCUCUCUGCUGAACAAUAGGGAGGAGAAAACACUGACAGUUCCCAAAGCCUUGCCAAGAGCGUUUAAUAAACUGCAAACAUGCAAGCAUUAAAAAUCUUUAUCCUCAGCCUACAAGUGUAUUCUUUUCCCCCAGCGGUGGCUCAGACAAGGGACAUAAAUUGUCUUGAGCUCUGUGGCCUUGGUGGGCACGGCUUGGUCAAAUAAUGAGCAGCGAUCGACCGUGAGGAAACGCCAUCCCAGGGCAACUAAUACGGACACUUUUCAGGCUUGGGGUUUGGAGACCCUCCAGGACUCUUAAGUCAGGGGUGGGCUAAGCCAUCCGUGAGUCUGCCGCCCCCCCUUGUUCUCUCUCUGGUGCGUGGAUGAGAGAAUGGCUGACUCAUGGAGUCAGUGGGAUGAGGCAGGCAAAUGGAGGACAGACAUGCAGCCUAAUGCAAUCAUGUGAAAUUAAAUUUAUCUGCCAUUGAAAACCACACUCAGCUUUAUGAAGUUAUUUAAGAUGUUUCAGAAAGAUUAUUACUUGGAGGGUGGAGAUUAAUGCCAGAGGCAUUGUGUCUGUGUGUGUGUGGAGGGAGAUUUGUCAGAAGCUAAACAAUGAAACCGAUCAUUGUAAUUAGGAAAAAUCUGAUGGAGUUAUCUACUUUCUUUCUAGUUGUAUCUUCUCUGUCUUUGUUUGUAUUGCAUCUUUUAGAAAAUUAACAUUUAUCCCUCUGUCGUUUGUCUACUUUUGGAGCUGGAAUCAAGGGUGUGGGUGUCUACAGUGUUAGCGGUGCACGAGGACUAAGCGUCGCUGUCUCAAAUAGUCUCCCAUAGCCCGCACCGCUACUACUACUAUGUGUCCACUAAAUGAAAUGAAGAGUUGCUUCAGAUUUGUACUUAAUCACUUUAAAAUAAACCUGACCAAAGUUUUAAAUGAUAAAAUCACCAUAUGUAACACUAAUCACAAUGUCUCAGACUGUUUUUUUUCUACUCUGGGCUUUGUAUGAUGUCAGUGAGAGCAGGUAGUCCUAAUAUGGUCAUGCUCAGGCAGAUAAACCACGCCCAUCUUAUGUUUUGCCAGGUGCAGCCAAUCAAAAGACAUCUGCGUUUAAGAUAGUGGGAAGAUGGCUAAAAGAGCUUUUUUCAGACAGUGGGUGAACUAAAUAAAUAAAAAUAAAUAAAGCAAAAUAAAUUUGAACUGUGAAUGAGCAUACUUAUACUAGAGCCCCAUUAACAGGAACCAUGUAGUAAUGAGAUUCAUUAGCUAACUUAAUGGUUGUAGCUCAUAUCUUUUAAAGAAGGAUGUUAUAAAUGCUUUCUUAGGUCUUGCAGAUUCACUGAGAGAAACUGUGCAGUAAUUGUUUCUCUCCCCCUGCAUUUGUCUGUGCAAAACAUACCUAAAAUAUCUGAAAUAUGCAUACCUGUUUUAGUUUUUUCAAAGAAAAGCUCUUUCAUCAGAAUUUGUUUCAAGGCAAUUUAAAUUCUAAUGACCUAUUUUGCCCUAAGCUGGCCUCUCGACCCAUGCCUCGGUCUUGAGAGGGGGAGAUGGUUGUUGCAUUAAUAGACCUGUGUGUCAGCUCGCCCUUAGUCAAAGGCCUGGUGUUGGUGGGUGUGUGACUCAGAAUGACACCCCCCCAGCUCUGAACUUCUCAGCAGUGACAAGGACAAAACUGGCCCUCUGGUCAUCGAGCUUUUUUCAGCCUGAACCCAUGGCCCUUGCACUUUAUGGCCUCAUUAGAAAUUACCACUAUCGCCCCACAGCUCUCUUUUAAUCCAUGGCAACAGCUGCACAAUAGCUUCUUGUUUGGAGAUUAUCAAAACACCAACAGAAACAGUAUGUUUGGCUGCAUUUCCUUUUGUUUGCUGGCUGAUUGAGGUUUGAGGAAACCGCCGCGGGCACCGCAUUGAAUUUUCACAGUGAGGACAAAGAAGAGAUAAACUUUGCUGUCGUCUGGCUGCUCUAGCCUUGAUAGCAGCCUUGGUUGGUGGCGUCGCAGUUGUCAGGGCAUGCAGUUGGCAACUGGCGACAUGGUUUUGAGACUGUAUUUGCCAGCAGCUGCAGUAAUUUGCUGUGUUUGGGCUCUCUGAAUUCCUCUGGUGGGAGGCUGGAUAAUGGACAUGGUUCACAGCCCUGUUGCUAGGCUUCAAGACCAGAUUUGUCAUUGCACAUUGUGUUUGUGGCGCCUUGAUUUUUUUUUUUUUUUGCGUUUUGGUGCAAUCUGGUCACCGAUAUAGUUAAAAAAAUGGUCCAGACUGAUGGUUGCUCUAUCCUUAGUCAUCCAAUCUCCUCUAACAAUUUUGGCUCUGAGAUAAUGGAGUCAAUGUCGUCGUCCAUACAUCGCCAUUGCCGUGUGUUUGUGGCUAAACUGGUUAUAAGAUAGAAGAUUAUAUUAGUGUCUGGCCAGCCUACCCUCACCACAGGCUCAACAGGAAUGAUAGGCAUUUGGGCCUGACACUGGUGCUUACCAUAAGCUUACCAUUACCAUAAGCAGCUGUAACAGCCAAUUUAUUUCUCAGUCAUAUCAGUUUACCCUGUUGACAUAAAUCUUGCUUUGCCUUUUUCAUUCUUUGCUCUAACAUAAAUCACCAACUUCCUAUGAAUUGCUCAAAUAAGUGUCUCUGUCCUGGACAGAUGUGCCGUUUUAAGGCCAGAUGUGUGCUUCUCAGAAGGAUGUAUUUUGUAGGUGCAGAUCAGCCUGACCAUGCAACCUGUCUGCCAUCCUGCAAGAGAUCAGAUUCCAUCUGGAACGUGCCACGUUCCACUUAAAACGUGACGGCAUAAUCCUCUUAAGGACAGAGACGUUCCGGUUGUACAUUGCGUGCGGAAGUCCGUGUCCCCCCUCUGUGAAUCUCAAGAGAGCACCAGAGCCUCUUGGGCAGCAGCGUUUCUGCCCUUCUCUCCAGAUGCCUCGGUUCUGGUCUCUUCCCCUGUCUCUGUAUUUGCUCUAUCUGGUGUCAUUGAUCCAAGCCACCAGCUGGUCCUGGGCUGGCCUGAUCUCAUUUACCCCCUGAGAGGAGCUUGUUUGUGGGCAGACGGCCCAUUAUGGAGAUGAUCCAGCAGCUCUUCAAGUUACAAAUUAGCUUUAGAUUCUCUGUUAGGUCCCCCGUCUCUCUCUGUGUCUUUCUUUUCUUUCUUUUUUUUUUUUUUUUAAAGCUGUCCUCUCUAAAACCAUGUCAUCAACAUCUCUCUUAUCUCCCAGGGGGAAGCGCUAACAGCAUCAGAGGAACCUGCCUCACUAAUGCACUUCCUCUGUCUGUUUCUGUCUCCUUCACUGCCCUGGCCAUCUGUGGAGUUGCCUGCUUGGCUCCCCACUUUCUCCUGUGCGAUCGAUAUCCACACAGUGGAGCUCUGCGCUGCCCUGCUGGUUGCCCCUGCAGGCGGUGGAGCUUAGCCAGACUGGAGUAGGGCCUUCGCCAUUGGGGCCGUUGUUUGUAGUUGGGCUCUGUCUCCACCCUUAUUGUUGUGGGGCUGAUUGCCCCUCUAGCCUUGGCUCCACAUAGUAUUGUCUACUUUCUGGGACAUACUACGGCCCCUUUAACUGCUUCAUAUUCCUUCCUUGUUCUUUCUUGCCUGCCUUCCUUGCCCCUCUCUCUGUUUCUGUGGACAGUUUGUGGACAGUUGAAGCUAACUGUUCAAGAUUAGCAUCUCUCUUUGUCCAGGGUUAAUGAGCUCUGUCAUGUGUUAAUCUUCCUGUCCCCAGGGUGCUGAGUUUCCCUGUACCACACCACACUAUGAGAACCAAAGGCUUCAUGUGUUUGCAUACUGUGUAUAUGUUUUAUCUCUUUUCUUUGGUGUGGGUGGGGUUUUUUACUAUACAGCAUGGACAUAUUGUGCGCAUUAUUAUUCUUUACCCUUUGCUUUAAAAUUGUUCAGUAGUUGUUAUUAUAUAUUUUUUUAUCACAUUUACAACAUUAACAAAAUAUUUUUAUAGGCUUGUAAACUCUUAAUUCAGUUGCUCACUUGAUGACAUUGUAAAAUCUUAGUGCCCCUGAAGAGUCCUAAGGAUUAGUGCCAGCCUUUCUGAUCACAUGUUUCUGUGAUCCAGGUGACUGUCACACAAUCUGCUGCUCCCUCUCAGCCAAGAAAAGUAGAAAAAAAGACUUGCAGGGUAUUUCUCAUGCCUCACUUUGUCUCACUGAGCAGCCCAGGGAACAACUGGAAAUCAUUCGGUAGGAAUGACUAUACUAUACACCAUUAAGGAGUUCACUUGACAAGGAGCAAAGAAGGCAGUAGAUGUUUAUGUUCGCUUUGGUCGUGCCAUCUAUAAGAGACUAACCCUUAACAUCUGCAGAACGCAUCUUGACCUGUGGCCGUCCCGCGCAACUUACCCCAGUCAGCCCUGCCUUGCAGUGUCAGACCACGGCCAUUCGAGGGGAGAUGAAGCCGGAUGGGGUUGCCACGGCAGCGCUGGAGCCAAUGGAAACAUUGGAAUCCAAUCCCGUGAAUGAUGGCGCACCACCCGGGGACCAGGAGCCCAAUCAGGCAGCCAGCGGGGUGGCAGAGGUGAUGCCACAGCAGCUGGGGGGUGAAGGAGAUCAGGAAAAACCACAGGGAGACCAGGCCAAGGAAACCCCAGCUGCCAAGACCAACAACAAGACCUCGGGAGACCCCAAAGCCAAGAGUACCAACAAGACCGCGACCAAGACGAAACCCGGCAACACCACUCAAAGCAAGGCUGCAACCGGCUCACGGCCCAACACAUCGCAGAGCCGCGUCGCAAAUGGUGUGUCCAAACCUCAGACCAACGGUGUUGCUAAGAAGACCACGCCUGCAGCGGACAAAAAGAGCACCCUGACCUCAGCUUCGUCGAAAAAACCAACAGGAACUGCCGGCGCCCCAGCCUCCAAAACAUUGGCUAAAGUGUCUGAGAAGAAAGCCACGGGGGCCGCUCCUGCCACCAACGGCGCAAAGUCAACCACCGGAACAACAGCAGCCAAAAAGACCUCAUCCACAAAUGCUAAUGGUGUCAAAUCCAAUACCGCUGCAGCAGCAGCAGCUAAAAAGCCCCCAGCUCCCAAGCCUGCCUCCACCAAGCCCGGCUCUGUUGCCUCACCCAAACCUGAUAAGCCCCCCGUUUCCAAGACAACCAGGCCUACAACCGGCACAACUUCAUCCCCUCGUCCUGCCACGGGCUCAUCUCGGCCACCUACUAGCAGCAACGCCAAGAGCUCCCCUGCUACAACCAAACCUGCCACUCCUAAAACUCCCUCUGCCGCCGCCAAGCCGGCUACCCCCAAACCAACCUCCACUACCCCCUCUGGUGGCAAACCUCCAUCUCAAACAUCCAAAACCACAACCCUUGUGAAAAAAGAUGUCACCAAACCCUCAACGCCAGCAGCCAAAAAGCCUGCAGACUCCCCCCUUACUCGCCCUUCUUCUACAACGAAGUCAGCAAAAUCCGAGACUUCCAAGUCCGCUUCAAAAUCAGAGGUCACUGCCAAAAAGCCUGCUACUAACAAGCCAGCAGACACCAAAACACCUAACCGCCCCAAAACACAAGAGAGCAAGCCUACACCAGCUAAGACUCCUGGCUCCAAAACCAAGACCUCCAGCCCCAAGAAAACUGUGGGAAGCAGCACACCAACUCCUGUUAAACGCGCCCCUAAAGCUGCCACAGCCGCUGAACCUGAAAAGGAAGUUGCCGCAGCUGUAGCUGCUGCAGCAGCGAUUGCUGCCACAGUAGCUGUUAUUGCUGCGCCAGAACAACCAGAGCCUCCUGCAGAACUAGCUGUGGAGCCAUCCAUUACAACUCCUGAAGAAAAAUCAGCAGAGCUCACACCAGAACCAGAACUAGUCUGUGCACCAGUGGCUGAAUCAGUUUGUGAACCAAAACUAGAACCCGCACGGGAAUCCAUACCAGAACCCGCCAGGGAACCUACACCAGAGCCUGCAAGAGAACCCACACCAGAGCCUGUCAGGGAAUCCACUCCAGUAUCUGUAAGAGAACCCACACCAGAGCCUGUCAGGGAACCUACACCAGAACCUGCAAGAGAACCCACACCAGAGCCUGUUAGGGAACCCACUCCAGUAUCUGUAAGAGAACCCACACCAGAGCCUGUCAGGGAACCUACACCAGAACCUGCAAGAGAACCCACACCCGAACCUGUAAGAGAACCCACACCAGAACCUGCAAGGGAACCCACACCCGAACCUGUAAGAGAACCCACACCAGAACCUGCAAGAGAACUUACUCCAGAGCCUGUCAGGGAACCUUCACCAGAGCCCGUAAGAGAACCAACACCAGAACCUGUACAAGAACUAAUUUCACAUCAAGAAGAAGAACCAUCCCCCGAGGCAUCUGUAGAUCUCCUGUCUGACCCACCAGCAGAGGAGGAGGCAGAACCAGUCCAUGAAGCAGUGUGUGGUGUUCAGCUCCCUGCACAGAUAGAUCCUUUCAAAUUUGAGGAGCCUGCCAACGACUCCCUGGGUACUACCGUCAUGUCUCCUCCUUGUUCCCCACAAGGCCCUGCUUCUCCUGUCAGAGACCAACAGAAUGCCUACUCUCUCCUGGGCACCCAUGUCCACUCUGAUCCCUGGAACAUAAACCAAAGCCCAAGCAGUAUGAUGAACUUCCAGAGAGAAGAGGAACAGUGCCAGCAGUUUGAGGCUCAGGAGACACAAGAGGAGGAAGAGGACGAAGAGCAGGAAGAAGAAGAGAAGGAAAACUUGUUUAUGCAUACCCCCGCAGCUCCCGAGGCCUUUAAUAACACAGUGCAACCUCACUUAUUGGGUGCCUCCCCUCUGGAUGAUUUCAGCCCCAGAGGCCUGAUCUCUCCUCAUGAAAAGGAGGAGGCCGUGGAAAAGGCUGAUGAGGAAAUCAACGAGGAUGAUGAUGAGCAAGAGGAUGAUGAUGAUGAAGAACAAAGGAGACUGGGCUAUCAGCCUUCGUCUUUGAUCACUGACAUGAGCACGUCUCAGCUCUCUGACGACUUCCAAGUGCGCUCCUCUGCCUUUGGAGGUUCAACAGGGUGGCACGGUGACGACUUGCUGUCUGGGAUGGACUCCGAGGAUGUGAGCAGCUGCACCAGCAGCCGACAGCAGGGGGUCUCAGACCUUAGUAGCACCCAGCAUACCGCAAUUCUAGAGGGCACCCAGAGUUCAGAUGCCCUGGUUGACACUAGCCUCCGUGGUUCUGAGGGAGAUGGUAACCUCAUGGGUUCUCCCAAUGUGGAAACCCUAGCCAAUGAAGAAGAGGACGAGGAUGAUGAGGAUGAGCGGGUAGACGAUAUGGAUUUGAGCUCUGAGAGGGUAGACGAACACCAUAAAGUUUUCCAGGAGCAAGGGCAAGAUGAGGAAGAGGAUGAAGAUGUGGAAAUGCGCAGUGAAGGAGUGAUGGAGAGCUGUGAGAAUGAGGAUGACUUUAAUGAGGAGGCACAUUUAGAUAACCUCAAUCAAUCGGGUCCUCCGCCCUCCAUCCCUGCAUCCUCCUGGGGCCAGACCAACCCCUUCUGUGAUACCUGGGCUCAGCCAGCCUCACUGCUCUCCGUCUCCUCCCCCAGCCCUGUGUCCGACCACGGUGCUGCUGAGUCUGAAGCGCCCACCCAGUCUCCUGCCCAGGCAUGUUUGGAUGUCAGCGCCCCAUCCUUUGCUCCUGAGAUGGAGCAAGAAACCAACCUUCAUCAGUCAUCAUAUGAGGAGACGAAGGGCUCAGUUCUUGCAGAGGCUCCCACCCUACUUGCUGCCCCACCUGUAGGCAUGUCCCAGUCCAGCACUCUAAGCGGCACGGCUCUGGCAGCCCAGAGUAGCAGCGAGACAAGCACACCAGAGGAACUCCGUGACUAUGACAGCAGCUCUGGAGUCGAGUCCCGCUCUGACAAGCAGCAGACCCCAGUGCCUGCUUCGGUUCAGCCUGACAUGGAGCAGGAUCUCGGUAUUCACUUAGAAAAAGGCGACGGAGAAGAGGAGGAAGCCGAGACGCUCCCCGCCGACGAGGUCCUGGGCACCGGACCCCCAACUGCUCCUGCAUCCGCCCCUUCUUCCCCUUCCACCUCGGGAGACGAGGCCAGCGAUACAGAAGGGGAGAUGCAAAUAAAUGACCCUGAAGCACCCAUGAUGGUAGAUGAAAGUGCCGGGUUUGAGAGUCCUCCUCAGACGUGUAGCCUGCCCGCUCUCGAGGAGGACGAAGAGGCUGCGGACACACCAGCUGGGGAGGGUGAGGAGGAUGGGGGCGGGGCCACCCCUCAGUCAGCCAAUUCUGUAGCGUCUUACGGCUUCGACUGCACUACAUCCAACUCCAACGCCCACUCCAUGGCUGAGAGCUGCGGGAAGAGCCCUGGAAUCUUCUCCUUGGAAAACGAGGAGCAGCUGCCAGAGGAGGCCAAAGACCCCUCCCUCAUCAAGGAGCUGACGCUGCCACCAGCUGCCACCUCUGCCCUUGCAGAGGACCUGCUGGGCAGAUCUGUGGAUCUGAUGCCUUUGGGUCACCCGGAGGACAACCAUCCCAGUCUAGAUGACCACCACUACAUGCUGGGAGGGAAGAUUGCAGCAGACCAGCUGGAGGACAUCGAUCCAGUCGAGGCCGAGGAAUCUGGAGGCACCGGCGACAACCAGGCAUCCUACUACUCUACCAUAUCUGAUAAGACUGAUAGUUUUCUGGCAGGUAACGUAUAAGUCCCUCCUGUUACCCCCCGGAAUGCACCUUUUCCCUGCAACCCUCCCCCUUUUACCUGUUUUCUUCUUUUGUUUUCUCUCCAAUUGGGUUAGAUGGUUAGAAGAAGAAAAAAAAAGGAGAGCAAGAUUGUAGGAAAAAAGAUUUUAAAAAAAUGAACAAAGGAGAAGGAAAAAAAAUGACUGUAGCAAUUUUUAAAUGAAGCCUCCCUCUUUCAUACUGUUAUGGUCACGGUUAUGAGUGUAUGGCUUAACUCCAUUUUUCUAGUAGGAUGUUCUUUUUAAGUAACCCUGCUUAUUCUGUAGCCCCUGAUGGGGUAUUGACUGAUUGGUCCAAUGUGACUGAGCUUUUAAACC